AUGGACGACGACAUCUAUGACGAGUUUGGAAACUUGAUAGGUGACGCUUUUGACUCGGAUGCGGAGUCACUGGACGAAUCUGCAUUAGAAAAUGAAGUAGAACCACAAGAUGAAGAAGUAGAUAUUGAGUCCGAUACAGAAGAAAAGGAAAAUGGAAUUGACUUGAAAAUGAACGUUGACGAAACAUUCGCCGAAGAUGUCAAACAAAUCAUAGUAGACCCCGCUGAACCACCUCAAGAUGAGCCUGUUAUUCAGCCAAGAGUAGAAAAGAAGUUGAAAGUUGAUUUCACAGACAACAUCAAGAGUGACCUGAAGGAAAACGGAGAAGCUAGCAUUAUGGCUGGCUUGCCAGAAGUGAUUUAUUCCAGAGAAUAUAUGAUACAAACCAUGACACUGUUACCAGAGAGGAUACGAAACAUAGCGUUAGUGGGCAAUUUACACUCAGGAAAGACCACUUUCGUGGACUCAUUGGUUCUACAUACCCAUUCGCCUUCUAUUGGAUUAAAGAAGUCGCUCAAGAAUUUCAAACCUUUACGGUUUAUGGAUAAUCACAAGCUCGAGAUAGACAGAGGUACUACAAUCAAAACUAGCCCCAUCACCUUGAUGUUACAAGAUUUGAAAAAUAGAUCGGCUAUAUUCAACAUACUCGAUACUCCUGGCCAUGCGGACUUUGAAGAUGAAACUAUUGCUGCCAUUGCGGCUGUAGACGGAAUAAUUCUUGUUGUAGAUGUAGUUGAAGGAAUCACUGCAAGAGACAGAAGUCUUGUUGACCAUGCUGUCAAGGAGAAUGUUCCCAUAGUUUUGAUGUUGAACAAGAUCGAUAGGUUGAUUCUUGAGUUGAAACUUCCUGUAAGAGACUGCUACCAGAAGCUCAACUACAUAGUGGAGGAUGUCAACCAACGACUUAGUCAGAACGAGUUUAUUGCUAACUACACUCACUCUACAACGGUAUCUCCUGUGGAGAACAACGUUAUUUUUGCAUCUUCAACGUUUGAAUUCACUUUUUCGCUAAUCAGCUUUGCUGACCUCUAUCUCCGUAAAUCUGGAAUAACAGGUGUCGACAUAGAAGAAUUCAGCAAGCGGCUUUGGGGUGAUUACUUCUACGAUAAAAAGACUAAUAAGUUUUCAACUAAUUCACAGGACGGUAAGCUUUCGCGAUCGUUUGUUUCUUUCAUUCUCGAACCCAUCUACAAAAUCAUAACUUACACAUUGGUGUCAGAGCCAGGGGACACCAGAUUACCUUCACUUUUAUGGGACAACUUUGGUGUGAAGCUAAACAAACAGCAGUACAAACAAGAUCCUCAGAUAUUAUUGAAGGAUGUGUUUAAAGCCAUUUUUGACGAUAACAAGGGAUUCGUACACUCCGUCAAUUCUAGCAUAAGCAAUCCUCGGAUUUCACAAAUAAGAGGAAUCAACUCCCAGAACUUGCCUGAUGAUUCCGUACUUGCUCGAGUAGUCAAACUAGUGGAAUCUUCAGACGCUUCCCAAUUCUUGUCGAUAGUCAGAGUAUUCAAGGGAGAAUUGAUAGUAGGAUCCAAGAUAAAGGUCUUGGGAGAAAACUAUGCAGAGGAUAAUGAAGACUACAAGAUACAGACAGUUGAAGAGCUCUAUUUAUCUGGCGGGCGAUAUAAAGUUCCCAUAGAUGUUGCUGGCGAAGGUGCAAUUGUAAUUGUGGGUGGUAUUGAUUCCAUUGUCAAUAAGGGUGCUACUAUCUUAGCAGCUAAUAAACUGUUAGAGAAUUGUGAAAUAUUUUCCCAGCCUAACUACGGCAGCAAGUCAGUGUUUAAAGUAGCUGUGGAACCAGCAAAUCCUUCUGAAUUACCCAAAAUGUUAGAAGGGUUGAGAAAAAUCAACAAAUCGUACUUGGCUGCAGUUAUCAAUGUAGAAGAAAGUGGCGAGCAUGUUAUUCUUGCACCAGGAGAGCUAUAUUUGGAUUGUGUCUUACAUGAUUUGCGACUCUUUUUCACUGACAAUUUGGAAAUAAAAGUCAGUGACCCCAUGACAAAGUUCAGCGAAACCGUUGUAGAAGGCUCAAUUACAAAAAUAACCACCAGCACUCCUUCCGGAAACAAUCUGAUUUCGAUCAUAGCUGAGCCUUUGAAUGAUUCAAAAUUGAGCUAUGCGAUUGAAUCGGGCUCAAUUGACCUCAGUCAGCCAGCUAAAAUAACAUCUAAGAUAUUGAGAAAAGACUUCGGUUGGGAUGCAUUGGCCGCAAGAUCAGUUUGGUGUUUUGGUCCUGAAGGCUUACAAUCGCCUAGUCUCUUACUCGAUGACACACUAGAAGAAGAGACCGAUAAAAAAUUGUUAUAUUCAGUGAAAGAUUCAAUUUGCCAAGGAUUUAAAUGGAGUAUAAGCGAGGGGCCACUAUGUAACGAGCCUAUCAGAAAUACUAAGUUCAAAAUCUUGGAUGCUGUUAUUAGCGGCUCGGAAAUUCAUAGAAGUGGAACUCAGAUUAUACCAAUGACCAGAAAAGCAUGUUAUGCAGGGUUUUUAACUGCAACAUCUCGUUUGAUGGAACCAAUCUACUCAGUGACUGUAGUGUGUACGCAUAGUGCCAAAGCAUUAGUGUCAAAGCUCUUAGAUGGUAGAAGAGGUAAUAUCAUCAAAGACUGGCCAGUUCCAGGUACUCCGCUCUUUGAGUUGGAGGGGCAUGUUCCCGUUAUCGAGUCUGUAGGUCUUGAGACAGAUAUCCGAAUCCGUGCUCAAGGUCAAGCUAUGUGUUAUCUUACAUUUAGCAAUUGGCAAGUUGUGCCAGGAGAUCCACUCGAUCCUGACUGUUUCUUACCAUCUUUGAAACCAGUACCUGCAGAGUCACUUGCUAGAGACUUCGUAAUGAAAACGAGAAGAAGAAAAGGUAUGACAGGCGAGCCAAGCUUACAAAAGUACAUCGAUACAAACUUGUAUACUAGAUUAAGAGAAAAGGGAAUUGUUCGUUAG